UUAAUAAUUUAAUAAUUUCAUUAUCAAUUUUUAAUCAAUUUAAACAAAAAUUUAUUAAUAUAAAUAUAAACUUUUUUUUUUGAAAAAAAAAAGAAACAGAACGUACUUUCGAAAUAUUGGAAAAAAAAAAAAUUUGAAAUAUCCAAUUAUAUUGUUGGACUACGUAGCAUUAUAAUUGGAAUAUAAUUUUACAUUUACAUGCCUCUUUUUCCCUCUUUUAUCCUCAUUCCUUUUAUUCACGCUCAAUUUGUUGACCAUCAGACCACAAAUAUUUCCGAAUGAACAAUUAAUGAUUAAUAUUCGCAAUGAGAUCCUCAAAUUUAAUAAAAUUUUUCGUGCUCACUUUAUUAAUAUGCCUUUUAAUACUAAAUGAGAAUUCAAGUGCGCAAGAUCCGGCUAAAGGGGCGGCACCGAAAGCUGGAAAGGAACCUGCAGCUAAGGAACCUGCAGCUAAGGAACCUGCAAAGGAGCCUGCUAAGGAUCCUGAACAACCUAAGGUACUUCCCGAUGACCCGCCUCAACAACCUAAGGACCCUCCCAAAGAUCCCAAUCCACCAAAAGACCCAAAUCCACCAAAAGACCCUCCAAAGGAUCCCAAUCCACCAAAAGACCCAAAUCCACCAAAAGACCCACCAAAGGAUCCCAAUCCACCAAAAGAUCCAAAUCCACCAAAAGACCCAAAUCCACCAAAAGACCCACCAAAGGAUCCCAAUCCACCAAAAGAUCCAAAUCCACCAAAAGACCCAAAUCCACCAAAAGACCCAACUCCACCAAAAGAUCCUCCAAAGGAUCCAGUACCACCGCCAAACCCUCCUCCACCAGCACAACCAGUUAUACCGCCUCAAACAACCCCCGUAAUUACAGUAACAAGUACCUCAUUCAUUACCGAUCAAACUCCUACUACACCUCCAAUUAAAUCUGCACCAAAACAAAAUAAUAGUGGACUGAAUAGUGAAGAUUCGAAUAAUGAUAGUGGUUCUGCAACAAAAACCAUUAUAAUUGCAGCAUCCGUUGUAGGCGGAAUUGUUGUUCUAGGUGGUGCUUCUAUGGCGGUAUUCAGAUAUCAAAAAUCAAAAUCUUCUGAUUGGGAUGAUGAAGGUGAAGUUGUAUUGGGUAGUAGAGGGGCAGGUAUUAAUGGUGAUCCAUUUAAAAGUACAUUAGAUCAGUACCAUAGAUAGGAAAUAUUGAAAUUUUUUUAAUAUUAUAUUAUAUAUAUAUAUACAAUUAAUUUUAUAAUUCAUUAAUUUUGCAUUAAUUUAUUUUUCUU